CUCCAGCAAAGGUACAGCAAAUUAGUGUCCAUCUGCCGUCCUUCUUUGUCCUUGGAUCUCAUCCUGUGGUUACCUAUGCUCCCAAUCGAACAUAGUCGACUCAUUAGAUGGUGGCUGGGCUGGCUACCUGGUGGUAUUUCUAAAUCUUGUCAAUGCGGAUUACACAAUCUAACAAAGAAACACAGCAUCCAUUGCCUACGCAUCCAUCCUCAAUUAUAUAUAUUGCAAGACAUGGAUGACACCAUCUCGUGUCUUCUCACUUGA